AUGGAGGAGGCCAGCAACAACCCCAAGAAGUGUAUAAGCGGCAUCGGCAACAGCAGCAAGAGGUCGGUGGCGGGGGGGAGCAAGGAGGGGAUGAGGUACCGAGGGGUGCGGCGGCGGCCUUGGGGGCGGUACGCGGCGGAGAUCCGCGAUCCCCAGUCUAAGGAGCGCCGCUGGCUCGGCACAUUCGACACCGCCGAGCAGGCCGCCUGCGCCUACGACAUCGCCGCCCGCGCUAUGCGCGGCCUCAAGGCCCGCACCAACUUCAACUACCCCCCCUCCGUCCCCGCCGCCGCCUCCAUUCCUCCCCCCGCCGCCGCUACCGCCGACCACCUCCUCCUCCACCACUCCUCCGACUUCCCCUUUGCCUCAUUUCCUUCCUCAUCUCCCAUUUCCGCCCCCUCCCUCAACACUUUCCUCCUUCGCAACCUUGUUUACAAUCCUUCCAAUCCUCCAUCCUCUUCUCUUCACCACCCGGAGUCUCUCAACAGCUGCCCCUGUUCCUCUCUCUCAUGCUUCACUCCGAGUACUACUAAUACUAAUUAUACUAGCACUCAGAUGGAUGGUUUCGGUGGAAGUGGACCCAGUUUGGGUUCCAACUUCUUGGGUACUACUUCUAACUCGGAUUUGUCUCUCGUCCUUCAGCACCAACAGCAGCAGUACACUUGCACCACUACUGCUUCACCAGCAGCAGCGGCAUCCAGUACCUGUACCUCGGAACCAGUGGGGCCAUUUCAAGACAAUUGGAACUUCUUCCAGGAGUCUUCUGAGUCUGGUUUGCUUCAGGAUAUCUUGCAUGGCUUCUAUCCUCGGCGCAGUGCGGAUAAGCAGCAGUGGGGUGGUGCAAUGGCCGUUGAUGGCCAUGGUGGGAGUCAUGAAAUCGGUGAACAAUUGGGAGUAGGAAGUCAGAUGUCUCUGAGUAAAGAGCAGGAGCUCUCGGUUGGUGCUUUUGAAGGAGGAUAUGAUGGGCCUGAGAAUUUCCCCAUGAUGCCCCAGGGCUUGCUGGAGGACAUCAUUCAGUACCCGGACUUCUUAAUUUGA